AUGGAAGUAGAGGAAGGUGAGCAGUUACCAUUCCUAGACGUUGAAUUGAUUCGUCCUAAUGGAACGCUGAAGAAGAAAUUGUUCAGAAAGUCCUAUGCAGGGAUAAUACUCAAUUUCCGGCCCCAUCACAAUUACAGGCUAAAUAUUGAAAUAGUAAGGAACAUGAUCAUCCAAAGCCUAAGCCUAACGGAUGUAGAAUUCUGGGACGAGGAGCUGGACAAAUUGAUAAAGAUAUUCAUCGGCAAUGGCUAUCCAAACGAAGUGACACAAAGGCACAUACAGGCUAUCUUCCUGCGAACUAACUCAAAAACUACGGCCAAUAUUGAGUAA